AUGUCAAAAGUAUCUCCGAUCACAGAGCUAGAGGAGCUACCUAUGGAAUCACUGCUUGCUGACCCCAAAUCAGCUGAGCAAGAAAGUACCAGUGAACCACAAAAAUCGUUUGAUGAAAUUUUCGCCGAGCUCAACGCAGAGUACUUAAAGAAUGAGCUUGAGAAGAAGGAAGAACCUCCGGCAAACCUUGCAGAAAAAGAUGAAAAUGAGAUUCUGGCAGGACUCAAAGAUGAUAAGGACGAGUUCGAACAGGUUCAGUCUACUUUGAGCAAGAUGCCGAAGCUGCAGAGUGAAUUUCGAUUAGAUGCAGAUAUGAAAACACUGAUUAAGAACUACGAACUAAAGGAGACAAAAGCCAAGAUUCUUAAGAUCAGUGAUCCUAUAGUUACACAAUUGUCUAGAAGGAAAAAGAAAGAAAAAGAGCAUGCUGGGGACAAAUGGUUCAAUAUGCCUAAAGGUGAACUGACACCACAAGUUAAGAGAGACCUUGAAAUCGUUAAGAAUAGGGCGGUGUUGGACCCCAAGAGACAUUAUAAGAAGGACAAUUGGAAGACCCCAGAAUUCUUUCAAUUUGGUACCAUUGUUGAAAGUAACACUGGAUAUUAUAACAAAUUGACCAAAAAACAGAGAGGAAAAACACUGAUAGAUGAGAUUCUGCAUGACGAUGACUCAACGAAGUAUUUCAAACGUAAGUACGAGCAAAUUCGACAAGACCAAGGUAAGAAGAAGAAGGUGAGGAAUUAA